CAGGCCACGCACAUCGUCUGUCACUCCCAUGUGUGAGCGCUCACAAGACAUCACAGCAAGAAUCAGUCUGUCUGAGAAUCAGUCAGUGUUAUGAAUCUAACGCUCAGUAGCGUGUUAUGAAGUCCAAUGUUCUGGCUGACUUUAAUCCCGGUCCUGCUGCACCUCACCCGGGGAAACAGUCCAUGUUUCGGCCGGUCUCUGGGGAUCAGCCCAUGCAGGACUCAGUUCUUCAAAGAGGAGAGUUUCACGUUAUACUGCGGAGCUGAUGAGCGUAUAAUGACUAACUCUAAUUCAGAUACUUGCUCUCAGAAGAGCCAUGAAUGUGUUCUUCAACUGGUUCGAGAAUAUCAAAGCGGCACUUACUGGUGUCAGUCUAACUCUGGAGAACGAGGGGAAGCGGUCAACAUAACAGUGACUGCAGGGUCUGUGAUCCUAGAGAGUCCUGUCCACCCUGUACCAGAAGGAAGUCCUGUUACACUUCGCUGCCUGAUGUCCCACAAGUCCAGUAACCAGCUGGGUGUUGUGACCCGGAUAAACCAGUCCUGCACCUUCUCCAGAGAUGGGCGGCUCAUUGGGGUCUGUUUGACGGGAGAGAUGAGUUUUGCUGCUGUCAACAGAUCUCAUGAAGGCCUCUACACGUGUACCUUCUCUGGUGUUGAGUCUCCAGGGAGCUGGCUGGCUGUCAGAGCAACCUCCUCCCCCGAAUCCCUCCACCCCUCCCAUCCCCACCGUCUCCUCCCAUUGGUCUAUGCUGGACGGACCCUCCUCUUAUUGGUUCUUCUAGGGGUAUUUGGCGGAUGCUGCUGGAGGAUACACAAAGAACCUGAAGAAGCUGCCUCAGAGGAUGUGACUGAUGAGGAGGUAAUGUUAAACAGAAGAGAGCAGAAGAAAGUUCAGGAAACAAAUACACACAAAGCCAUACUUUAGAACAUGUUUUCAUCACUGUUUACAGCACAAUGUAAUCAGGGUAUGAAAUGUUAAUGUAGGUGAUUCUGCGGAGUGCUUGACAUUUUCGAAACUAGCAGGCCGCAGUGGUCUGUGCUCAAACUUCCCCUAUUGUCCUAUCUAUCAAUUUGACACAUUGUGGUCAUCAACUGU